AUGACAGGAUCAGCAAAGCGAUCGAGAUUACUUCCAACUUGGAUCUUACGAUUAGUAGGCAUCUCUUCGAUAGCCACAGUUAUCAUAGGCUUCGUUGUAUAUUAUGUCAAAAAGUUUCCUCCGAGGCGUAGAAUAGGGAAGAACGAUGAAGGUACAGAAAGUUCGCAAAGUAGACAAAAUCUCUCUCAACAGCAAGAACAGAAGAUGACAAUAUCUCUUAAGAAUACCAUAUUGUGGAAUCCUUCACCUGACGUUACCACGCCUAUUUAUGGUUUUAAAGAAAACAAUUUGAAGCUUCUUGCAGGAUUAUCUUAUAUAUACGAUAUUUAUAUUAUUGUACAUGUCAAUUCUGAAGAAGAAAAGUCGAACAUUGACAGUUUAUUAAAAGCUAAUCUCAAACAAGGCAGCUUCGACAAACGCAAGAUUCUUUAUUGCUCAGAGGAAGAGGGUAAAGUUCAUAUCGUCAGGCACAUUGAACCUUUCAUUCAUAUUGAAGGCGGUUGGGAAAUGGAUGAUGGCGAGAAUAUUGUGAAGAAACUGAAGCCAUUUAUACAUAAGAUUGUCUGGUUAUUACCAAAGAAUAAAUUGGAGGCAAGCAAAGAUGUUCAAGUUGGAUCAAACAUAGAAGUAUCCGAUUCAUUCAUAGAUACCUCAAUUGCUCAUGAAAUAACCCAACAACUUUAA